AUGAAUAAACCCCAGUCCUUGUAUUCCAUAAACAACGACUGGACAGUGGAUGACGAGUCGAAUAAACCACCGGCACCAAAAAUUAAGGCUUCGAGCAAGGGGUAUCAGUCAGACUCUUCCAUAUCGUGGAUUUGGGAAAAAGUGGAAGAUGAUUCGGAAAAUGAUUUGGACGACGACGUCGAGGAAGAUGAUGAUUCUAUUACCUCCAGUCCAUUGCCCAAGGACAAAGAACCCCAACAAAUGUCGACGAUAUGGGAUAUGAGUAUCGUCAAUAAUCACAGCGAUGACGAAGGACUCUAUUUCGAUCCUUCCUCCAACACUCUUGCGUUGAACGACAGAGCAAACGCCCCGAAGACACAGAAAAGGAACAGGUCCUUGUCGAACGCAUCGUUGCUGUCGUGUAGCAGCAGAUUUGAUAUGAAAGAAAAAAUGAACAAAUCCAGUUCCUCUUUGGUAUCUUGGGAGUGGAAGGACGUCGACGCCAAGGAUGAACAAGAAAUUAUGGAACAGUCGCGGGUUGGCCUGGAUCUAUCAAAGAAGGGUGUCAAAUUUAGCACGGUCAAUCACACCUAUGAGUACAUGACACUUGACGACUUUUCGGAGGAAGAGUUUGCCAAAUGCUUUUACAGUUCCCUCGAAACCAUGCUCCGGACGGAAGCCAGAAAUAAACUGAUUGACCGGAUCAAUAAUGGCAAGACGAAAAAUCCAGAAACCAUGCGGGGAUUGGAGUACUGGGUGCAGUGCACGAGCUCUCAAAUUGAUCAGCGGGUCGAUACGAUGAUUGAAAAGGUAAUGGACGAACAAGAUUUUCAAAUUGAAAGAGGAUCUUCCAAUCCGGAUGCCUUGGCGGAAUUGUCACUCUCCGUUUCAGCAGAAAGUACGGCAGUUGCCUUGAAGAUUGCGAAAAGGGAUGCCAAGUUGGCAAAAAAGGCGUAUCGAGAGUUGAUGGAAAAGGAGGAACAACAGGAAAUGGACCUGCGGACUUUGCGCUCGAAUGCCAGUACAGUCACGACAGCUGCGAUGUCCAGUGCGACAACUGUCAUUCUGCCUAAUAGUUUGGAUGACAGUGAAAGGAAGCCUGAAACAGAAAACAAAGGCGGUGACGAGAAUGCCAGUUUUUCGGGAUCGGAUCGGUCGGGAUCGGAUCGCAAGGAUGAAAAUGAGACAAAGGACCUGAGGAAAAUGAUGAAGAAACGGCAGUCCAGCAAGAAAUUGGAAAAGAAGUCAUCCCAACGGUCCUUAGCCAGUAUCUCCGAGCGCAAUGAGGACGAAACAAAGGAUCUUAGAAAAAGUAUGAAGAAAGGACAGUCCAGCAAGAAACUGGACAAAAGUGAAUCAUCUCAACGAUCCUUGAGCAGUAGCACGAAGAAGGAUGAAAAAGAGGCAAAGGAUCUUCGAAAAAUGAUGAAGAAACGACAGUCCAGCAAAAAAUUGGACAAGAAGCAACGCUCUUCGAUAUCCUUGGUCAAUAGUCCCGGUAAGGAUGAAAACGAGACAAAAGAUCUUAGAAAGAUGCUGAAGAAACGAGAAUCCAGCAAGAAAAUGGGAAAGAAGCAAUCAUCCCAAAGGUCCGUGGGCAGCAACGAUUCUAGCCCGUCGCACAAGUCUGCGUCUUCCAAGAAGAAUAAGAAGAGCAAAAGGAAGAGCCUAAACAAGGAUAAGGAGGAGGUAAUCGGAUUGCAGACAGAUUCCGAAAUCGGAGGGAGUGACCAAGGAAAAUCGCCCGAAUCUGCCACGAAAAAGAGCAAAAGGAGGAGCAUCAACAAGGUCAAGGAGGACGUAAUCGAAUUGCAGACAGAUUUCGAAAAUGAAACGAACGACCAAGGGAAAUCCCCGGACUCUGCCACAAAGAAGAAUCGAAGGUCCUCUGAUUCUGACAAGAAAAAGCAGAAGCGACGCUCCUCAGGCUCUGAUUUGAAGGUGAAGCAGAAGAAGAAGUCUGAUGACGGAAAGAUGAAAGGACAAAAUAGAAGGAUUUCUGCUCCGGAUAUCAAGAUCGUAAAGGAGAAGAGGCGGUCAUCCGCCGCAGACAUUAGCAGUGUUAAGGACAAACGACGAUCUUCAGCUCCCGCUGCCGUUCUCAAGCAAAAACGACGAUCUGCCUCAAGCAACAAGCAGCCGGAUCAAGAAGUAAGUUCCGAAUUAAAGUCGAGCCUAAGUUCUGCAGACGACGAAUACUUGGAGCAAACCAGAGAUCAAAGUACGGAUCAAAAUAAAGGGCAACGCGGCUUUUUAACGACCGAAGCUUACAAGGAAAUGGGAAGUUCCUGGUUCCACUUUUUGAGGGAUAGAGGGGAAAUCUCACCAUUGACACACCCAGAUUUGGAGCGAUGA